UAUUACAGAUAGAUCUGAACCCCUCUAAACGAAUUCGGUCUCGAAUACGGUCAGAAAAUAUUCAUACCGUUUUCAUCCAUGCUCGUGACCCUAAUAUCGCUUUAAGCUAACACAACACAAAAACUGGAUAGAUCGACGAUAUGCCACUUAUGCUUAGGCGGACAUGUGGCCCUGAAUGUCAGUUAGAUGCUACUUCCAUAGAAAGAGAAUCGUCUGACGUCAUUACAGGCUGUAUUCCAGUUUCCCUGUUGUCCAACAUGAGAGGACAAUCUUUCUCUCGGCUUUGUACUCUGCAGUCAACAAAGCCAAAUCGGUGCGCCAUUUUCCUUGUGCGUCCCUUUCGAAGAAGGGUAGCCAUGAACGGGCAAGAUCUCUGUCUCACUUGAGUAUGAGCACCACCUAACAGCAGGCAUCUCUGCCUCUGCCGGUCUGCCCUGCCCUCUGGUGCACCACGUGCUCGUCUCGUCUUCCUGAAGCAGCUUGGUGAAGAGAGCAGCAGCAGCAGCCUGCAGCUUCACAGUCACACAUGUCGUCACCGGCGAGAGCCGGCGGCGCACCGGAGGAUCAGGCGGAGGCGGACGUGGAGGAGGAGACUGGGAGAGGCACGUGGCGGCACGCGGCCUUCCACGUGGCGACGACGAUCGCCACGCCGGCGGCCUACGCCCCCUUGCCGUUUGCUGUUGCCUCCCUUGGCUGGCCUCUUGGUGUCUGCAGCUUGGUUAUUGGGACACUGGUUACAUGGUGCUCAAGCUUGGUUGUGGCCUCGCUAUGGCGGUGGAACGGGGAGAAACACACCAACUACCGGCUCCUGGCAGAGAGCAUCUUUGGUCCUUGGGGCUACUGGUAUGUCUCCUUCUUCCAGCAGGUGGCAUCGGUAGGCAACAACAUUGCAAUCCAGAUCGCAGCCGGCAGCAGCCUCAAGGCCGUGUACAAGCACUACCACACCGCCGACGACGGCGCAAUGACGCUGCAGCAGUUCAUCCUUGUCUUCGGUGCAUUGGAGCUGCUCCUUUCCCAGCUCCCUGACAUCCAUUCUCUCCGGUGGGUCAAUGCUAUCUGCACUGCCAGCACCGUUGGAUUUGCAGGGACAACCAUUGGUGUCACAAUAUAUGACGGAUAUCGGAUCGAAAGAACGGGAAUCAGUUACAGUCUACAAGGAAGCACUGCAACUAAGAUCUUCAGAGCUUUCAACGCGUUGGGAACGAUAGCCUUCUCCUUUGGCGACGCCAUGCUGCCAGAAAUUCAGAGCACUGUGCGAGAACCGGUGAGGGCAAACAUGUACAAAGGCGUCUCUUCAGCGUACACGAUCAUCGUCGUGUCCUACUGGACCCUCGCGUUCAGUGGAUACUGGGCGUUUGGCUCUCAAGUCCAGCCCUACAUCCUGUCCUCCCUGACUGCUCCAAGAUGGGCAACUGUAAUGGCAAACCUGUUUGCAGUCAUUCAGAUAGCAGGUUGCUUUCAGAUAUACUGCAGGCCGACAUUUGCGCACUUCGAGGAGCGGGUUCAGGCGAAGAAGAACAGGAGCUGCAGAUCCUGCCUGUGCCGGCUGACAUACACGUCUGCAUACAUGGCCAUGAUCACCCUCGUCUCCGCUGCAAUGCCCUUCUUUGGGGACUUUGUAUCAGUCUGCGGAGCAGUUGGGUUCACCCCUCUGGACUUCGUGCUGCCUGCACUGGCCCUUCUCAAGACCAGGACGAUGCCUGAUAACCCAGGAUUGCAGUGUGCUGUGAAGAUGAUCAGCGCUGCUGUCGCGAUCUUGUUCUCGAUCAUAGGUGCGCUGGCAUGCAUCGGCGCAAUCAGGUCCAUCGCGCUCGAUGUCAAAACCUACAAGUUCUUCCAUGAUAUGUGAUGUGAUGAUGGUUUUGCAGCACCAAGUUACCUUGUUUCCCGACAUCACAACAAAGUGUACUGAUCAAAAUACUCCCUAUGUCCCUAAAGUUUCAAUUCCUAGAAUUGUCUUAGAUCAAACUUUUUAAACUUUGAUCGAAUUUCUAGAAAAAAAAAACACUAAGAUUUAUGAUACCA